AUGGCUUCGGACGCCUGUCUGAGUGCUCUAUGCGUGGAGCGAGUGACCCGCGAGAAGCCAGACAAAGCUCUCAUGGACGAGCUGGCCAAGGUCCGAGGCGAUCUUCGGAAGAUUCAGGACGAGCUCCACACCUCCCAGAUCGAGUGCAAGCGAUUGGCAGCGUCGGAGAAGUUGGCUCGGGAACAAUUGGAAAAGACAGAGGAGUUGAGGAGCAAGGCUGCACGACAGGGCUCGACGGCGGAAGACGAGAUCCGAACGCUGCGUCAGGCCCUGGAAGAGAAGGAAGCGAGCCUGAAGGAGCUCGAGGAGUCGACGCAGAGGGGAGCGCAGUCGGCCGCGGAGCUGAAGCAGCGUGCCUUGGAGCUGACAGAGGCAGAGAAGAGAGUCAAGGAGUUGACCGCUGAUGUUUCCCGAACGAAGGAGGAGCUGGCAGCAGCACAUGCACAGAUCAAGGGCUUGCAAGACAAGCUGGAAGAGUGCAGACCUUCCCAGGCCCAGAAAGAGACAUCAAAGACGAAGGUCUUUGACCCGGCCAUGGAUGAGAACCUGCGCAAGGAAUUGGCAUGUCCGGAGCAAGCCCAUGUCGUAUAUAAGCAGCGGCAUUGA